AUGAUGCCUGUUCCUGCACCUCCUCCUCGCACCUCCUCUAAGAGGACCUCUCCUUGGGCUCCUGCUCUCCUCCUCCUGCUCCUCCUGCUUCCAGCUGGGCCUGGCUGGAGUGCCAGGCUGGAGGCAGGGCCUGGAGCUGAGAGUGGACCAGAGGCUGGUACAGGUACCAGGACCAGGUCUAGAGUUAGAACUGGGUUGGAGACCAGAGCUGGAGCCGGGCCAGGGACUGCGGAUGGGGCCGUGGCUGAAGUCGGGUCUGAAGAGAUAGCCGGUGCUACCAUCCUGUCCGCCAGCAGUGAAGGGCAGUGGGAGCCCCGGAGCUCCUCCCGCUGUGUGCCCAUCCCGGCGGGCAUGGCCCUGUGCCAGGACAUCGGCUACGCCACCAUGAGGAUGCCCAACCUGCUGGAGCACGAGUCGCCGGGCGAGGCCGUCCAGCAGAGUGCCAGCUGGCUGCCCCUGCUCGCCCGGGAGUGCCACCCCGACGCCCGCAUCUUCCUCUGCUCACUGUUCGCACCCAUCUGUCUGGACAGGUAAGGAGGGGAGAGACGCUGGGAAGUUGGAACUACUACUUUGUCUUUAGAAAUUAGAUAAACUGUUGGAGGAAAAUACAAAGGUAUUUCUUUGUAGAGAUCAGAGCGUAGAGAUGUGUGUACACUAAAUAGACAUUGUCAUUGGUAAAGAGGGAGAACAACAGGGGGAGACGCGUCUCUAUGAGAGAAGGUAUAGUGUAGACCAGAUAACUGGUAGAACUUUUAAGCUCUUGAUGUAAUUUUGCAUACAGUGACAUUUACAUUAUUUUGGCCUGGGCAGAUCUUUAUCAUGAUUAUAUUACAAGCACGUAUCUACUGAGUGAGUAUGAUAUAUUUUGGAAAGCUCUUCAAAACAAAGCAGACAUUGAGAGGAAACCUAGACUUGUCUGUCUUCAUGUCUCUCUCUGUUCCUCUGGGCUGAAUUACAGCUCCAGAGUGGGGGGCUAAGCAGUGGAUUACACUGCGCUGGGAGCUAUGCUAAUCUUGGCUUGCCUCACAGAAAAGGCCCUGGUUUCACACAACCUUCAGGCCAUGAAAGGCCCCUCAUCUCCUUUGAGUUGUGCUCAGGGGCGGACUGGCCAUCUGGCAUUUCGGGCAACUUGGUUUUUUUGUGAAAAUGUGUAAUUAUCUGGCUAGUAAUGGGGCCCUUAACCCUUUACACUUGUGGGAAUUGACCUAUAUGGAUAGGGCUAAAUUGAAAUGUUUCUUACAGAAGAAAUAUGAAAAGCAUAACCAUGGUAGCAAUUGAAAGGAGAUUAUGGGGAAACGUAUUAGACCAAAGUUGAGGACACAAUAGUUCACCUGACACAAGACUGAUUUUAUGUGCAUUUUACAUUUAAUCUACUUUUCGCUGAAUUUGUUGAUAACGAAAUCUGAAAAUACUUUGGAUACAUUCAGCAACAUGAUAAGAAUAUUCCUGGAAAAUGUGAGGUAAGUGCAACAUAAGACAGAAAAAUGACAAGGGUUUGAGUGAGAGGACUAACUGGGGUCUCUAAGUGGCCACACACCUCUCCAAAGUGUGCUCAGUUCCUAAGCAAUUUCAACUAUAAGGUGCUUUGAGCUCUCCUAGCUGUGCUGGUGAGGAACUACAACAAGCACACUUGUAGUCGUUUCGUUUGGAACACAACCCUGCAUCCCCGCCAUCACACAAUUACUGUUGUUGUUUACGCAAUCCAAAACCGGUCCAUUAUAAAUCGCAAUCUGGGUCAUGUGGGCAUAAUCUGAAAGCUUGUUCUAUUACCAACAUGACCAGUUAAGUUAUAAAAUAUGAUCUUACAGUGUUAGGCUUUCACAAGGCAAUUCAGGGAAACAGAUCAUUUUGGUGCGCAUAGAAAAGGAGUCAUGAGUGCAUUCAGGUGCUUGUGCAGCGGCAAAUUUUCUUGACAAAUCAAAUCAAAUCUUAUUUGUCACAUACACGUGUUUAGCAGAUGUUAUUGCGGGUGUAGCGAAAUGCUUGUGCUUCUAGCUCCGACAGUGCAGUAAUAUCUAACAAGUAAUAUCUAACAAUUUCACAACAUAUACCUAAUACACACAAAUCUAAGUAAUGAAUUGAAUUUAAGAAUAUAUACAUAUAUGGACAAGCAAUGACAGAGCGGCAUAAACUAAGAUACAGUAGAAUAUUAUAGAAUAGAAUACAGUAUAUACAUGAGAUGAGUAGUGCAAGAUAUGUAAACAUUAUUAAAGUGACUAGUGUUUCAUUUCUUAAAGUGGCCAGUGAUUUCAAUAGGCAGCAGCCUCUAAUGUGCAAGUGAUGGCUAUUUAACAGUCUGAUGGCCUUGAGAUAGAAGCUGUUUUUCAUUCUCUCGGUCCCAGCUUUGAUGCACCUGUACUGACCUCGCCUUAUGGAUGGUAGCAGGGUGAACAGGCAGUGGCUCGGGUGGUUGAUGUCCAUUAUCUUUUUGGCCUUCCUGUGACAUUGGGUGCUGUAGGUGUCCUGGAGGACAGGUAGUUUGCCCCCGGUAAUGCGUUCGGCAGACCGCACCACCCUCUGGAGAGCCCUGCGGUUGCGGGCGGUGCAGUUGAUACAGCCCGACAGGAUGCUCUCAAUUGUGCAUCUGUAAAAGUUUGUGAGGGUUUUAGGUGCCAAGCCAAAUUUCUUCAGCCUCCUGAGGUUGAAGAGACUCUGUUGCGCCUUCUUCACCACACUGUGAAGAAGGGCGGGGUUCAGAUCCAGGGCCUCGAGCUUAAUGAUGAGCUUGGAGGGUACUAUGGUGUUGAAAGCUGAGCUAUAGUCAAUGAACAGCAUUCUUACAUAGGUAUUCCUCUUGUCCAGAUGGGAUAGGGCAGUGUGCAGUGUGAUGGCGAUUGCAAAAUUGUAGAUAUUGUAGAUAUGCAAAUUGAAGUGGGUCUAGGGUGACAGGUAAGGUAGAGGUGAUAUGAUCCUUGACUAGUCUCUCAAAGCACUUCAUGAUGACAGAGGUGAGUGCUACGGAGCGAUAGUCAUUUAGUUCAGUUACCUUUGCUUGGGUACAGGAACAAUGGUGGCCAUUUUGAAGCAUGUGGGAACAGCAGACUGGGAAAUGGAGAGAUUGAAUAUGUCCGUAAACACCCCAGCCAGCUGGUCUACGCAUGCUCUGAGGACGCGGCUAGGGAUGGCGUCUGGGCCGGCAGCCUUGCAGGGGUAAACAUGCUUAAAUGUCUUACUCACGUCGGCCACAGUCCUUGGUAGUGGGCCGCGUCGGUGGCACUGUGUUAUCCUCAAAGCGGGCGAAAAAGGUGUUAGCUUGUCUGGAAGCAACGGUGUCGUGGCUGGUUUUCCUUUUGUAGUCCGUGAUUGUCUGUAGACCCUGCCACAUACGUCUCGUGUCUGAGCCGUUGAAUUGCGACUCCACUUUGUCUCUAUACUGAUGUUUUGCCAGUUUAAUUGCCUUGCGGAGUGAGUAGCUACACUGUUUGUAUUCUGCCAUAUUCCCAGUCACCUUGCCAUGGUUAAAUGCGGUGGUUUGCGCUUUCAGUUUUGUGCGAAUGCUGCCGUCUAUCCACGGUUUCUGGUUAGGGUAAGUUUUAAUAGUCACAAUGGGCACAACAUCCCCUAUACACUUCCUGAUAAACUCAGUCACCGUUUCAGUGUAUUCGUCUAAAUUAUUUUCGCAAGCUACCCGGAACAUAUCCCAGUCCGCGUGAUCAAAACAAUUAGACUAACAUAGGUUCAUUCGGUUCAGAACAACCCAGGGUAUGACGACUUGUCAUCUUGUAACUGUACCUCAAACAUAGUGAUCAUAAACGUUGACACUGUAUAUGACUUGAGUUUUAUGAUAUGGAAAUGUUGAGUGCACAUUUGGACUCAUGGGUGUUUGGCUUGCUUUUAUAACAUCAAAGCGAUAUCUAUUAUAAUCCUCAACAUCUCAUCUUUCAAAACACAUAUAGUCCUCUUAAUUUACAGCAUUUCCCUCAUUCAGAUUUUUUUUUUUGCUGAAGUUGCCCAAUUAGCAGGAGGGAUUGUGGCAACUUCUUGUCACGCGAGGUGCUCAAGUUCAGAAUGGCGCUCAGUCAAAACCAAUACAUCACUGUGAAGCCCAGAGCCAGAGCUCUGAUGUCAUGUAUAGCAUUACUGUACAGCCACUGCAUUCCAAUUUAGACGUUUAUCAGUGCCCACAUCUGCCAUUUUCAACCCGUAUACGGGUACGAGUGUAAAGGGCUAAGGGAAAAAAUGGGCUGGUGUGUUAGAAAUCCCAGGGCCGAUUUCUGGUCCCAGUCUGCCCCGGGUUGUGCCGUUUUUUAAAGAGAGAAAACAUUGGGUUAAAAAAGGAGAAACAAAUGUUUCUAAAUGUUAUCUGAUAGGGUGUAGCAUUAUCUUUCUUCCUCCACAACUUCUCCUUUAUUGAUUUGGAUCUCUUCAUCCAUUCACUAGCAACUUCCUCUUUUUCUCCUCCUGACUACCCCUCUCUGUUCUUGCAUCUAUUUUCUCAUUCCCUCUCUCCUGGGCAGGUUCGUCUCUCCAUGUCGGAGUCUGUGUGAGUCAGUGCGGGACAGCUGCGCGCCCAUCAUGGGUUGCUAUGGUUACCCCUGGCCAGACAUCCUUCGCUGUGACCAGUUUCCUGCCGACCACCUCAUGUGUAUCUCCUCUGUCACCAACACCAGCACCAGCACAGGGGGGCGCAGAGGUGAGAGACACACACACUAUUACAUAAGAUGCUCCGUUUUCUACUGUCCUCGUCAGACUAAGAACUCUGAUUGGACAUGUCUGUGAUGACUGUUUCAGCAGUGCCCCAGGCCAGCUGUCGAGACUGUGAGCUGGAGGAGGCCUCGUCUGCCAAGGACGUGCUGGAAACAUUCUGUAGGAGUGACUUUGGUAAGCAGACCUACACUCUCCUCCCCUAUUAUAUUCCUAUUGUACAGACGUUGGUUCAGAUUAUGUAUUCCAAUGUUUCUCUGUCCUCCCUAUUGACAAUACCCAGAUCAAAUAUUGAGAUGUACCCUACCUACCCACCCUAACGCAAUUAUCUCUGUCUCUCUGCUGCCCUCUGUGUCCCCAGUGGUGAAACUGCGUCUCACGCGGCUAAAAUCCAGUCAGGUGAGUCUGGCCCAGUUCUCCCUGGCCUCUCGUCUGCAGGUCCUGAAGCACGGGCCUCUCCUGGGAGGACAGAUCCGCUCCCGCCUGCAGCUGUGGCUGGAGAGAGACGCCAGCUGCGUACGGAACAUGACGCGGCGCCAGCCCAGAGGAGGGACCUUCCUGGUGACGGGCACGGUGCAGGGGGAAUGGCUGGUGGUCAACAAGGCCUUCGCCUGGAACAAACGCGCCAGGAACCUGAUGGCUGCAGCCCGCAAGUGGAAACAGCACCGAUGUAGAGGCUAG